AUGAAGACAACUCCCACCUCUCUGCUCCGUGCAGCCCUCAUCGCCUCCACUAUCCAAGCUUCUGAAGCCCUCGUCGGCAUCACAUGGAAUGUUGCCGAUGUCCCCUCUGAUGGAUUGAAAGACAUUACUUUUCCUAUAUCCAUGCCGAACGCUCCUCACGUGUCUGGCUUUUACUUUGCCCAGCAAUUCAACUUCGGCGGUCAAUCGGACGUUGGCUAUACUGGACUUCAACCCCGCGAGGACUCUGGUUCCUCCUCUGUCGUUCACGCCGUUUUCUCCAGUUUCAUCAGCGGGACCACUUCAAGCGACAGCAACUGCAGCAAUGGAGCUGACGGCGGCGCCGGCGUGAGCUGCUCCGUGGAUGUGGACAGUACCUAUGCCGACGGGUAUGAGCUGCUGAUCCAGAACACCGAAGGCACUACGUGGACUGGGACGCUCGUUGACACUGUUACUGGCACACAGACCCAUAUAGGGUCUUAUACCCUUCCAUCUGGUAGCAGUGGAAUUGGUGGCAGCCAAUUAGGCUUUGUCGAGUAUUAUCCAUGGAAUUCAGGAACCCACUCCUGCAGCGCUCUGCCCAAGACUGAGGUCACUUUUGGUGCUCCUACUACCUCUGGUGGCGAGGCUGGCUCUCUUGAGGCUCCUUAUGAGUAUGGUGAUUGCGUUGGAGAGGUGGACUUCGAGGAUUCGAAGUCCGGCAGUGGCUAUACCAUUACCGUUGGGUUCUAA